AUUCUCUGCUGUCAGGCGGGUGUAAAUCCAGAGUAACUCCGUUGACUUCUUUGGUGUUCCUGGGACGACUGCAUAGUCCACUCUUCCUAUUCCAAGUGAAGCAGAUCUCCAAAUUAGCAGGACUUCUGGUUAUUAAUGGGUGAUCCUGCCACCUUUUCCGUGUACAACACAAGUGUAAAAUAUUGUAACUUUCAAAAUAUUGAGAAUUUAGCUCUGGGUUCUAAAUUUUAUAUAUAUUAUUAAAUAUUAAAAGCCACCGUAUAGACAUAUAUUUGAAAAUCUCCCUGUUUUAAUUUAAGUCAAAUUAUAUCCAUGCAAUAUAUCUACACAGAGGCCUAGUCUUGCACACUGAUCCAUGCAGGCAGACCUCUGCAUCCAUAGGGAGUCUCGGUGACCUCAGCCCAGCUCCAAACAGAUGGACCCUUCCGCUCAUAUGCGGCCCCACUGAAGUCAGUGAGGCUGUGCAGGGGCCUGCCUGUAUGGAUCAGCUUGCAGAAUCAUGGCCAAAGACCGUGUGUUUGCAGUAGCAGAAAGAGCUCUGCUGAUAUCCCUGGUGGUGACAUGCAAGCAAACAAAACCGCUAUGUGACACACAGGGGCUUUAAUCAUGAGCAACCCUUUUGCAUGGAUUGCAGAGCCACUAGACUCCAACCAGCCUGCAAAGAAGUUCUUCAAUCUCAACAAAUUGGGAGAUGCGAGAUACGGAUGUUUGCCGUUUUCUAUCAGGGUCCUCCUGGAGGCAGCCAUCCGCAACUGUGACGAGUUCCUAGUGAAGAAGGAAGAUGUUGAAAAUAUCCUCAACUGGCAUGUGAUGCAGAGCAAGAAUGUUGAAGUGCCAUUUAAUCCUGCACGAGUUAUUCUGCAGGAUUUAACUGGCGUACCUGCAGUGGUUGACUUUGCUGCAAUGCGUGAUGCUGUGAAGAAACUGGGCGGAGACCCUGAAAAAAUUAAUCCCAUCUGUCCUGCUGAUCUAGUAAUUGAUCAUUCCAUCCAGGUGGAUUUUAACAGGAGGUCAGACAGUUUGCAGAAGAAUCAGGAACUGGAGUUUGAAAGGAACAAAGAAAGAUUUGAAUUCUUAAAGUGGGGCUCCCAAGCUUUCCACAACAUGAAGAUUAUUCCUCCUGGCUCGGGAAUUGUCCACCAAGUGAAUUUAGAAUACUUGGCAAGAGUGGUGUUUGAUCAGAAUGGGUACUAUUAUCCAGACAGCUUGGUAGGCACUGAUUCGCACACUACAAUGAUUGAUGGUCUGGGAGUGCUGGGCUGGGGUGUUGGUGGCAUCGAAGCAGAAGCGGUGAUGCUGGGCCAGCCAAUCAGCAUGGUGCUUCCGAAAGUGAUUGGUUACAAGCUGAUGGGAAAUCCUCAUCCCCUGGUAACUUCCACAGACAUAGUGCUCACCGUUACCAAGCAUCUUCGCCAGGUUGGGGUGGUGGGUCAGUUCGUGGAAUUCUUUGGGCCGGGCGUAGCCCAGCUGUCAAUUGCUGAUCGAGCCACCAUUGCCAAUAUGUGCCCCGAAUAUGGAGCAACUGCAGCCUUCUUCCCAGUUGAUGAAGUCAGCAUCAGGUACCUGAUCCAAACGGGUCGUGAUGAAGAAAAAAUUAAGCACAUAAAGAAUUAUCUUGUGGCUGUGGGGAUGUUUAGAGAUUUCAGUAACUCCGCUCAGGAUCCAGAUUUUACCCAGGUUGUGGAGCUGGAUCUGCAUACCGUCGUGCCUUGCUGUAGUGGGCCCAAAAGACCUCAGGACAAAGUAGCUGUGUCAGAAAUGAAGAAGGACUUUGAGACCUGCCUGGGAGCCAAGCAAGGGUUCAAAGGAUUCAAUAUUGCCCCAGACCAUCACAGUGAUCGCGUGAAGUUUGUUCAUAACGGCUGUGACUUUGAGCUAACCCAUGGUUCGGUGGUGAUUGCUGCCAUUACCAGCUGUACUAAUACCAGCAACCCCUCGGUUAUGUUAGGAGCUGGAUUGCUUGCUAAGAAAGCUGUUGAUGCCGGUCUGACUGUGAAGCCAUACAUUAAAACCAGCUUGUCCCCAGGCAGUGGGGUUGUCACUUACUAUCUGAGGGAGAGUGGAGUUAUGCCUUACCUUGCUCAGCUAGGGUUUGAUGUGGUGGGUUACGGGUGUAUGACCUGCAUUGGGAACAGUGGACCUCUACCGGAGCCUGUUGCAGAAGCCAUCACUCAGGGGGACCUCAUAGCUGUGGGGGUGUUGUCCGGAAACAGGAAUUUUGAGGGUCGCAUCCAUCCCAAUACUCGUGCCAACUACCUUGCCUCCCCGCCACUGGUAAUAGCCUAUGCUAUCACAGGGACCGUAAGGAUUGACUUUGAGAAAGAGCCUUUAGGAGUAAAUGCAGAAGGGAAGGAGAUUUUCCUAAAAGACCUCUGGCCAACAAGAGACGAGAUCCAGGCCGUUGAACAUCAGUACGUCAUUCCAGGGAUGUUUAAAGAAGUCUACCAGAAAAUAGAGACAGUAAAUGAAUCCUGGAAUGCCUUAGAUGCUCCGUCAGAUAAACUAUAUACUUGGAAUCCCAAAUCUACAUACAUUAAAUCACCCCCUUUCUUUGAGAACCUGACUUUGGAGCUUCAGCCCCCUAAAUCCAUAGUUGAUGCCUACGUGCUCUUAAAUUUGGGAGAUUCUGUAACAACUGACCACAUAUCUCCAGCUGGGAAUAUAGCAAGGAACAGUCCUGCUGCUCGUUAUUUAACUAGCAGAAGCUUGACUCCUAGAGAGUUCAACUCUUAUGGCUCCCGCAGAGGUAAUGAUGCUGUCAUGGUCAGAGGAACAUUUGCAAAUAUUCGCUUGUCAAACAAAUUAAUCAAUAAGCAGGCACCCCAGACCAUCCACUUCCCUUCUGGAGAAACACUGGAUGUAUAUGAUGCUGCUGAGAGGUACAAGCAGGCUGGCCAUCCCCUGAUUGUGCUGACUGGCAAGGAGUAUGGCUCAGGAAGCUCCAGGGACUGGGCCGCAAAGGGCCCUUUUCUACUGGGAAUCAAAGCCAUCCUUGCUGAGAGCUAUGAGCGCAUUCACCGCAGUAACCUGGUAGGAAUGGGAGUGAUUCCCCUGCAGUAUCUGCCCGGAGAGGAUGCUGAGAGUCUAGGUCUCACAGGACGGGAACGUUACACAAUUGUCAUUCCUGCAGAACUUGCACCAAGGAUGAAUGUCCAGAUCAAGCUGGAUACAGGGAAAACCUUCCAAGCCAUUAUGAGGUUUGACACUGAUGUGGAGCUCACUUAUUUCCGCAAUGGUGGCAUCCUGAACUACAUGAUCCGUAAAAUGGCGUCCUAAUUAAAUCAACUGUCCAGUUAGAAACCUGCCUUUGAUGGCCACAUGAGAAUGCCCAAUAAUCACAGAACUUAGAAGUCUAAACCAUGAAAUCAUUUGUCUCCUUGUGGACUGUAUUACCCAGGGGCUUGUUUACAAAGGUAGAAUGUGUUCAGUUUCCUGACACAAUCAUUUUAUUUUUUGUAUGGUGGCUCGACUGACUAUUCUAUCAUGGGGUGAUGCAGAAAGUGGAUCUAUAACCACUGCCAAAGCCUGAUUUGUACAUGGUGCAUUUUGUUUGACACCUGUCAGUCAGAUACAGUCCUAUGCUCAUUUCAAUUUCCCAGAAACUGACAGGGUACACUGGGAUUUUUUUUAGCCCCCUUCCCCUGAUUCUGGAUUAAGUGUCAGGGGUUGGCUCCUUCCCCCUAUUUAAACAGCAUUUGAUCAGACUCCCUCCUUGAGUGGCUAAUGUUGAAACUAGUAAAUUGUUUAGCUUGCUCUUAACUACAAAAUGUGAAUUAUCUUCCUUUAAGAAUGUCUUCUCUAAGCAUUAGGUUUUGUUGUGACAGUGGACCUUUUUGGGAGACAUUUCUAAGAGAUUAAAAUCUAUUUUCAAAAAUUUCA